AUGCCGCCUCGUCGCUCUCACAAAAAGUCCCGUGCGGGCUGCCGUCGCUGUAAGAAUAGGAAGAUCAAGUGCGACGAAGUUCAUCCACGAUGCGGCAACUGUGCCAAGCACGGUGUCCCUUGCGAUUUCAGCAACCCCGACGUCCUCGAAGAACUUGCAAUCUCUACCAACAUCAGUACUGAGAGCGUUGGCGCACCUACUCCCUCGCCGGCGCCCACCGUCAACUUCAAUUCCGCUCCAAGAACCCCAUUAACACGCCCACGUGCCCCUUCAAGUCCAGCAAGAGCACCGAGACCAAACCCCUCUCCACCGACUUCCGUCUACUCCCAACCUUCGAUCAGCUCGUCCACUCCUACUAUAGACCAUGGCGAACGAAUGCUCGAGUUGCGUCUCAUGCAUCAUUACACCAAUGUCACUUCGAAAACGCUCCUGACUAAUUCACCAGCCGCUGAGGAUAUCUGGCAGCGCGCCGUUCCGCAGAUGGCUUUCUCUGGCAACGGCAAAACGUAUCUCGCUGAUGCCAUCUUGUCUGUGGCAGCGCUCCAUUUGCGUUCCAUGUCUCCGAACGAUAAGGCGUUGGUGCGAGCUUCUCAUGCCUAUUCGGCCUCUUCUCUUUCGGCCUUUGGUGCAUCAUUAGGUGCGGGAAUUACACCCGAAAAUGCAGAGGCUCUCUUCCUCACAGCAACGUUGAUUGCUUUCCAAGCUAGCGCAUCUCGUAUUUUUGUCAAAGACGAUGGGGAUGCCGCUCCUGGAGACUCAGCAGGCCGAUAUGUGCCUCCGCUCUCUUGGUUCCAUGCCUUCCAAGGUGUCAAGACGGUUGUCGCAAAUUCCUGGCAGUGGAUUCACCAUAGCGAUAUCGUUAAAGUGGUCAUUGACUCGCAGCCUGGUUUCCAGCUAAAUCUCAACCCGCGCUCGCCUGACUCGUUCUUCGGUCAUAUGCUUGAAGGGUUAGCCGAUGAGUUGGAUAACGAAGACCCUCGCCUAGUUGCUUCAACUACUCAAGCUUACUCACACGCUGUCAGCGUACUUAAUUGGGCGCAUAAAAACUAUCAUGCAGCAGCAGCCCUUACCUUUCCCGCCACUGUCUCCAAACGAUACGUCGAUCUUGUUGAUGCGAGACGGCCUCGGGCUCUUGCCAUCCUCGCUUGCUUCUUUGCCUUGUUGAAACGCAUGGACAACGUCUGGUGGCUGCAAGAUGUUGCUCGUCGGGAGGUUAUGGGACUCGUCAGCUUAUUCGAGUCUGGAUCGAAAUGGUGGCGUCAUCUUGAAUGGCCAAUAAGGAUUGCCUUGUUAGACGGCAGUUCUAUACCACAAGAUAUUUGGGGUACUGAAUUGGAAGAACAAGCACCAGAGCAACAGAACGUUCUUGGCUCUAUGACACAGCAUAUUGAGAUGUUUGCUGAGAUGCUGCAUCAGCAUACACAGCCACCCAUUCCUAUUGCCGACGAGGACCUCAUCGUACCCGAUUCCCCCGACUGA